AUGGGAGAUUCUUGGACGACAAAUGAGGCUGUAUGGAAUGCAAGAUAUCCGGUUAAUCUUCCCUCUCAAGAAAGAAUGCCUAAUUUUAGCCAUCCAGGACAAGAAGUUUAUGCUUCUUCCUUCCUAAAUGAUUAUUCUCAUGGUGCAGGACCUGGUUUCCCACAACCUCCACCGCUUCCAUCAGAUGCAGAAUCGAGGGCUCAUCCUUUUUACCGUCCCCCGUUGACUAGUCCAUAUGCUCAUCAGGCCCCUCCACUACGGCCUUAUAUGCCUCCGUUUUCACGUCCACACGAGGCCCUUCAUUAUGCAAUGCCUGUUCCUCCUGUCCAACAACCCACGAGCGAUCCUCCCUCUGACUUCCCAGUUGCUAGCGAGCAAGGUUCGAAUGAAUUUAAUGACUUCGACUAUCGUCAGCCAAAUCAGUUAAAUCAGCCUGGAGGGCUGCUCGCUAAUGAUUGGUUCACUAAUAAAAACUCAAAUGGCAGUCUUCAUAUGGAUCCUGUAUCAACCUCCCAGUCUUCCCCCGUCAAAAAUGCUCCCUCCAAUCUAUUUCCUAUUCAUCCUAGCUCUACUACUGGAUGGUCAAGUCACCAAAAUUCCGGAUCGCAUUUCCCUGCACCUUUUCCCGAUCGUCUUUUACCCGCUUAUGCGGCCGUGGCACCAUGUCCUUGGCCUUCCGCAGUGGAGCCUCACUUCACACAUUCUACCGCUGCUAUCGCGGCUGGAAUUGAUAAUUUGGCAAAAAAACGCGCACUUCCUGCCUGGAUGCGUGAGGAGCUUGAAAAGCUAGAGAGAAAAAAAGCUAAAGAGGUUGCUGCUGCCACAGAUGGAUUGACAAGUACAGAAACAGCAAAACGCGAUGAAGAGGGCGAUAUUGUGAUGGAAGAGGCUUAUGCACAUUUUUCGGCUCCCAAGUCCGACGGAAUAUUGCUAGAUGACGAAGACGAUGAUUUGAAUACCCAGCACAGGCGAGGCCGAUCGAGCUCCCUAGAAUCUACUGUGCGGAGUGCUCAACCGGAUGAUCGUUCCGAAAAGUCCGUUCUCUCAGGCGAUGACACUGAGGAAGAGACGAGUAAGGCUGGUGGGCGCAACACGAAGUCCCUAGCCCGUCCACUAGGUGAUUUAUCCUCUACCCCUGCUCAGCUACGGGCCCGAUUCAUCACGCGCAUCCUGACGGAUGCACUACUGACGGUUACGACCGAAUUGAUCGUGGAAAUUAGUGAGGACGUCUUAGCCUCAUCACGCCAUCCCUCUUCCGACUCAGCACCUGAGGUUGCCGUCACUCCUGCCACAUCCAUUGCUCGACAAUCGCUCCCCAGUCAUAUUCAACGUCGCAGCUCCCUGUCACCGCAGUCAUCGACAUUGCCUCACCACUCACCUUCAGCCUGUGAUGCUCUUAAUGGAGCUGCAGUUGACACGCUGCCCCAAACUCAGCCGCAGCAGCGGCGUAGGAGACGUUUCGAAGAGGCUCCUUGCAGUCCUGUUAAACAGGAGCUAACUGGUUCAUUCGUUGAGCAACCUGAAAUCCGUCAAGCUGGUCCAUCUCUGCUCAAAAGGCCACAAGCUAGAGAGGAAGAGGUGGAAACUGAUAACAAACCAGAGAGGCAGGUCUUAUUUAAAUCUGACGAGUCCAAAAUCGGGUCAGAUAAUUUAGAAACGCGGGUUUCAGGCAGCUUGGAGGGCUUGAUUGCGUAUGACAGCGAGGAUGAGCCUGGGUCUGAGCCUGAAUCUGAAUCUGCACUUGAAGCAGCAUCUGAACUUGGAUCGGGCCUCGAGGUCAAGUCAAAAAUAGAGUCAGAAGAGCGUCUAGAGGCCGAUGAGAAAUAUGAUACAAUUAUUGAAAAGUUACUGGAUUCCAAAGAGUCGCCUACUGUUGCGCAUCCCCCACCACUCACCCAUUCCAAAGACAACGAAGAACCUUCAUCUGAGUUGGUUCUAAAUUCAACUCUGGAUGUUAUUCCUCGUCCUACCAAAAGUGCCACUAGUAAAAUGGCCACGUCUGCUAACGACCAGUCAAUAGUGCUGUCUUCUGGAACUUCAGGCCAGGACACACUCGUGCAACAACUAAAGGCUGAACUCAAUCGUCGUGAGGAAGCUAAGCGCUCCAUAUUGGCUACAAAGGAAUCUAAGAAACGGCACCAAAAACAUAGAAACAUUGAGCAUCCGAAAGAAUCUCAUACUCAAUUAUCUGAUCUUAAGGGAUCUUCCCGUCAUGAUCCUCACAAGCAUCGUCACCGAUCUAGAUCACAUAGCCAGCUAAAUAGCAACCCCAGAAGGGAGAAGGAAGGCAUAGCUAGUAGGAAGGAUCACUCCAAGCCGUCGCAAAAUAGCCCCUCUCUUCGAUUCUCUCAAAUAACUGUUCAACCUCAUAGUCGACAUCAUAAACGGGAUGAUUCACACAAUACUCGACCAACUUCCCGACAGUCUUCUCAGAAAUCCAGAAUUGAGUCGCACAAACGUCCCUCUUCUCGACUUCAUAAAUCUCAAACAUUGCUCUCCUCAUCCUCUCCAUUAUCCUCAAAACAUCGAGGCGGAGAGGAGGAUAGAAUGAAUAAGCAUGUUAAAAAGAGCGAUAAACGACACGGCAAAGAGGUGAGCUCUCGCUACCGUCAUUCUCAUCGAAGUCGUUAUAGUCGGAACAAAGCUUCACGAAGUAGGAGGGAGAAACUUAGAUCUCGACGAAGGCACUCCUCGAGUGAUCAAUCAAGUAGCGAAAGCAGUUCUUCGGGUUCUUCCGAUUCUCGCUCUUCAGAUUCGUCCUGUUCUGCUACCUCUUCCAGCUCAUCCCCAUCCUCUUCCGCCUCAUCCUCAGAGUCGUCUGCCAGGAAAAGGAAGACCAAGCAUGCCUCUACGCUCUUGUUCGUGAUUUCAGAGUUCUCUUCUCUUGGACCCUCUUCUGUUUGCUUGUGGCUGUUGGCAUAUUUGUUCGCUUGUCUGCUUUUCGAAAGAGAAGAGUUGUGUGGUAAAGGGAAGAGCACGCGCGAGAUGGCAUUCAUUGGUCAAACCAGGUACAGUCAUCAGACUCCCUCCAUGUAA